CUGAAUGCUCCAAAUCUUUGACAAAACAAUCUUAGGAAUAAAAAGAUCUUCGUUACAAGAAAGGAAUGAUUUUAAUUUAUCUUUUAUCCAAUAAACAUUCAUUAGAUGCCACGUAGAGAUAGGUAGAUACGAGGUGUCAGCGUAAUAGCUCGACAUCAGAAUACACGAACAACGAAACAGUGACGCUUUCUAAAAAUAAGCAUCAGCACCGUUCUUCUCUUCACUUGCUUCUGUUCAUUCUUCUAUUUGGAUUUCUAGAAUCUUCUCUUCAGACCUGAAACCAUGGGGGUUCGGUUCUUCCAGAACCCGAUGCCCGAAUUCGUACCCGAAGCGACGCCGUCUACUCCGCAGGAGCAAGAAGAAGCGCUCACAGUAGGGGACUCACUCACGAAGCUCCUGGCCAUGCCCUACGCGCCACUCUCGGAGCGUCUCAAGCGCGCUGCUCUAGACCUCAAAGAAACGAUAGUGAUAGAAACGUGGGGAGUAUCUGGGCAAAAAGAUGGAGACUUUACUCUCUACUGCGGCGUUCUGGGCACGGCUUUUCUGCUCUUGAAGUCUUACGAAGUGACACGCAACGGGAACGAUCUUUCUCUUUGCUCUCAGAUUGUGAAGGCUUGCGAUGCCGCUUCCCUUGGUUCCAGGGAUGUGACCUUUAUUUGUGGGCGUGCCGGCGUGUGCUCUCUCGGUGCCGUUGUUGCAAAACACGCCGGCGAUGAUGAGUCCUUGAGGUACUACUUGGCUCAGUUCGAAAAGAUUAAGCUACCAAAAGAUCUUCCUGACGAGUUGUUAUAUGGGAGAGUUGGUUUUCUGUGGGCCUGUUUGUUCCUAAACAAGCACCUUGGUCAGGGGACAGUUCCUUCCAGCUAUACAGUGGGUUUGGCUAUGGUUGUUGAUGAAGUCAUUAAAAGUGGAAGGAGGAUGGGUAGAAAGGGAAGGUGCCCAUUGAUGUAUGAAUGGUAUGGGGAGAAGUAUUGGGGUGCUGCGCAUGGAUUGGCUGGGAUUAUGCAUGUGCUGAUGGAUAUGGAGUUGAAGCCAGAUGAAGUUGAGGACGUUAAGGGAACUCUGAAAUACAUGAUAAGCAAUAAAUUUUCCAGUGGAAACUAUCCCGCUAGUGAAGAUGAUAGGAAGAGCGAUGUUCUUGUGCAUUGGUGUCAUGGAGCUCCAGGGAUAGCCCUUACACUUGUCAAAGCAGCUAAGGUUUUUGGAGAUAAAGAAUUCUUGGAUGCAGCUAUGGAAGCAGGAGAGGUGGUUUGGAAUCGUGGUCUGCUGAAGAAAGUUGGGAUAUGCCAUGGCAUAAGUGGGAAUGCAUAUGUGUUUCUGUCACUGUACCAACUUACAAGGGAUGUGAAGCAUCUAUACAGAGCCAAGGCUUUUGCUUGCUUUUUGCUUGACAGUGCUCAUAAGCUGAUAUCUGAAGGUGAAAUGCAUGGAGGUGAUAGACCAUAUUCAUUGUUUGAAGGGAAAGGAGGCAUGGCUUAUCUUUUCUUGGAUAUGAUCGAUCCUUCCCAGUCUAAAUUUCCAGCGUAUGAGCUCUGAGAAUAUACAUAGUUUCAAAAUGAGGCCUUUUGUUAUGUGUAGUGGUAUAAGUUUGGAGUCUCAUUAUCUUGUGAAGUAAAUGAGCUUAGGUUCUUAUGAAACAACUAUGAUGUGGCAACCAUAGGUUUCAAAAUUUACAAUCAGUAUGUGAAGCUAAGACUGGCCGAAAAUUACUCA